AAAAAAAAGUGAACGACAAAAUGAGCACAAGAAUUUGCGCUUAUAAAGAUUGUAAUAAUUUCUAUUUUCGCCAAGAUAACAGUGUCUGCCAUGACGUCACUUUGUUUGCAUUCCCAAAGGACCCGAAACGAGCAGCGCAAUGGCGUCUGCUGGGCCAAGUGCAUCCCAAAAUUGGCACAAAACAAUUGUAUAUGUGCUCCAAGCAUUUCGAUGCCAAAUAUCUAUCGACAAACAAGAAUCGCCGCAUUCUGCUCGGCGAAGCGAUGCCAUUUUCCUUUGCAGCCAGCAAAAGCAAUACAAUCUUAAUCGAUGAUGAGGAUCAGGAUCAAGAGCAAGAUCAACAAAUGACACCCACAUCGUCGACAGCCAAGGAAAGCUAUUACAUCAAUCCGAGAGACGAUGAUGAUAAUAACCCGACUUGCUCGUCGACACAGCAAAGCUACUACAUCAAUCUGGAUGAUGAUACGCUGAGCAUUGACAAAGUCGUCAUGGUCGAGUCAACGAGCACAACACAAGCGAUCAAGGAGGACCCAGAGCCGGAUCUAUUGGAAAAAAUUGAAGUCAGCAUUGUGCCGCCAACUUCUAGCAAACGCGCCCGUUCAAUCAGCCCGGCUUUAGCGGAGGAGGAGGAGGAGGAGCUGACGGAUGAUCACUUAAUCGAUGCCGGCGAGGUAUCCAUCUUCAAGUUCAAAGGCGAACAAUAUGUGCAAAUGUCCAGGGAAUACUAUCUGCAGGAGAAACGCCAAAUGUUAAAUCAGCUACUCCACUAUAAACGUAUUUUGGCCCAAAUCAAUAAGGCCAUGAUGAAGACCUUAUAAAACGCAUAUUUUAUUUAUAUCAAAACAGACAGAGAUAUUGGUUUUUCUUCAA